UUUUAACGUCGGGUUCAAGAAUCAAGCUAUAUUAGACCUUUUCUAACUUUUCACGGUAGAGAUUGACAAUCCAUCCACGAGAGCAAGUCAGAGAUGGUUCUCUUGGAAAACGAUACGUUUUUGACGGAAUUAACCAAGUUAUUCCAGAAGGGUAAAAUUUCAGGAUCCCUAUCGUUGACGAUGAAGAGAUAUGAUGGAAAAACUAAGCCAGAGCCAAGGAAAGGAAGUCUUCCAGAGCCUCACGAAUAUAAAUGUUUACUUAGGGCUACAUUAGGAAACAAAAAGAUAAGCACAGUGAUAAACCAAAAAGAUGUCAACAAAUUUCAAAUGGCCUAUGCAAAUGUUUUAAAAGGAAACAUGGAUGGAUUAAAGAAAAAGGACAAGAAAUCAGCAGCGAAAUCGAAGUCCAAGGCUACACAAUAAUCAUUCAAACGUGUCACUGACCUCACGAGUCAUUGUUACAUCAAGGCUACACAAUGAUCAUUCAAACUUUUCCCUGACCUCAUGAGUCACUGUUACAUCACCCGUUUCAUAAUUCUAGAAUUUGCUCAUUUUAUUAUAGACAUAUUUGCAACUGAUCGUGAGUUUUGUUGUCAAUUUUUUGUAUUCCCUUUGAAUGUAUAGAGAUGACCAAGUCCUUUUAACAGUAGAUUGCACAGAUUUGUCUAAUUUAUUUAGAGAUUUAAGAUUUCCAUCAGAAAUGGUUUUAUAUUUGUGAAGUGUUGGUACACUGCUGGUUGUCUUUUCAGCAGUUAUACAACUUAAAGGAUGGUUAUGCUUAUUUGUUAAUAUAAUCAUGUUGGUGAUCUGAUUAUCACAGAGAGAUACAAAGUUAUAGAAAUUACAAUGGUUUUUUUUAACACAUUGUGAAUGUAGAAUUGUAAAGUAAAAUGUUACAUGCUUAUGUACAUGUAUGCUGUGAUUAGCAAAAUCUAUCACAAUUUCAGGUUAUGGACUGUUUUACACAUUAUGAAUUAGCACUAUGUGUGUUGCAUCAUACACUGUACAUAUGUACAUGUUUUGGCUUUAAUCAUAGAGUAGCCUAAGACUCUAGAAUAUGAUGUAAUUCUGUUAUAUACUUAUAUAAGAUAAUAUUUGACAUACACAUCUUACUGAAGAAAUAAAUAUUUUUGAAAAUA